UGCUGAAAGACAAAGUAACAAGACCGCCAGAUAACAUCCACAACGUUAUGAGACACCAGAAACCAAAGCAAUAGCGGACAUAAGACGAGGAAAAGAAGGACACGUCUGCUGCAGUUUAACCAGGGAUUGCCAUUGGAUCACUUUGUUUUACCGGCACAUGUAGCGUCUCGCGCUUGAUGAUACGCAUAAGCGCAGGAGCCGUUCUCGGGCCCCUAUAGAGAGAGGUUGCGCCUGGAAGUGCACGGAACUUUUUUUUAAACAUUUUGUUGUGCCUGUGACGUUUUGGAAUUCGAUAUAUUACGUUCUACUGUGGAUUUUAAAGGCGAAAAAGGAGGGCCAAUAUAUAGUGCGGUUUCUUUUCUUUAUUAUUCUUUUAUUGUGCUGUUAUUGCUAUUAUAUUAUAUUUUCCGGAGGAGCGCCAACGUCCAAGAAGUUCAUCUGAGUGGAUUCGACGCAGGUGCUUCGGUCCUGAAGGGCAGAAUGGAAUUGUUACUUUGACCCACGAUAUCACACACGGUUCAUUCAUAUUCAGCAGCUUAUAGUUUAAUAGUUUUGAGAGCCAGAGACGCAACACACCACUGGAAUUACAACCAUGAACUUUGUUGUUUAUUCGAUACAAUUAUUUGUUGCGGCUCUCCUUCACCUGUCUGCUGUUAAGGCUGCCCACAUACCCAAAGAAGGGAUGAAGAGCAAAAACGAGGUGAUUCCCUUCAUGGAUGUGUACAAAAAGAGUGCGUGUAAGACGCGAGAGAUGCUGGUAGACAUCAUUCAGGAGUAUCCUGACGAGAUCGAGCACACCUACAUCCCGUCCUGUGUGGUUCUCAUGCGCUGUGCAGGCUGCUGCAAUGACGAAGCGCUCGAGUGUGUCCCUACAGAGACCCGCAACGUCACCAUGGAGGUACUGCGAGUCAAACAACGUGUAUCGCAGCAUAAUUUUCAACUGAGUUUCACUGAACACACCAAGUGUGAAUGCAGGCAAAAGGUAGAAGUCAAAUCAAAGAAAGAAAAAUGUGAAAAGCCAAGAUGAUGAGCGGCGCGUUGAGCAGAACAAUGAAUGAAGGAAUUUUUUUUUUUAACGGCACAGCACUUUUUAAACCUGAGGAUGCAUUCCUUGGACGAACUGCAAACACUAGCCUGAACGAAAGACAGAGAAUGAAACGAGGGCAGGAGAUACCAUCCCGAUGUAAAUUUUUAAGAUAUUAAUAUAUGAAUAUAUAGAAUAUAUAUUAUAUAUAUUAAAUGACAAUGACAAUGUGUGUCGCUGCUAUCACCUACACGUAAACGAAG